AUGGGCAUCUUCCGGGUACGGUGCUCACCCGUUUACGUUUCCAGCCUCAUUUUCCGUCGAUUUCUUUCGUGGCUUCGGAGAAACGUCCUUUGAGAGGCUUUAGAGGACUAGGAUGGAGAUCGGAUCGCUCCCCUUGUUUGAUGCUUCUUUGACGCCGUCGGCACGGGGGAGACAGGAAUAAGGUCCGGCCGGCGCUGAUGGUGAAGUUCCCAGGGUUUUCAGAUCUGAGCUCCUCCAAGCUUGCCCUGUUGCGUAUGCAGGGAUCUCAUAUUCGAUGGGGGUUCCGAUGUUUUUUGUUGAAAUUUAUGCGAGACAUAGGAUUCGGUCCCGCAUUCGCUCUGUUCAUGGUGAAUGGUUUUGGAUAUUUAACUCGCUUUUACUUACCUCCUUCCGCAUUUCUUUCUCUUUUUUUCUUGUAGUUUCAUCAGUACCAGGUGGUGGGACGAGCCCUCCCGACCUCAACCGAGGGGCAUCCGAAGAUCUUUCGGAUGAAGCUCUGGGCGACGAACGAAGUGAGGGCGAAGUCUAAGUUCUGGUAUCAUCCGAGAGAUUAUAGCACUCUUUAUUAUUUAUCCUUGAAUCUUCUAAGUUGACAAACUCGAGUCUUACGUGCUUGCAGGUACUUCUUGAGGAAACUCAAGAAGGUGAAGAAGAGUAACGGACAAGUUCUCGCCAUCAAUGAGGUAAAGCUUCGUAAUCACUCUUAGCAGCUUUUCCUGCGUUCGGUGAUUUAGCAUACUAUGUUAGUCACGAAUCCUAAAAUUUUGGUCGUGGUAGAGCCUUGUGCUUCCCAUUUAUCUAGCUCUACUACCAGAGGCCUCAAAAGGCUGCAUGAAGGACUAAUCAACGUACUAUGUUCUCCUCCUUUACUUAGCAAAAGCUGCUCUCCAACCUGUCCCCGAAUCUAUGGGAAUGUGCCAACCAGAGCCUCUGUGCGAUCUAACUUUAGAAGGAACAUUUUUCAUCUGUGCCCGUUCAUUUUUUUUGAUCUGAACAGGAACAACGCCUCGUAGUCUUCUUGUGUACCUCAGUAGUUUCUUUUAUGCCAGUAGAAGGGACAACGAAAUUCGUGUCUCUUAUUUUGUUUAGCAUCUUAUUAUCUUCUAUAAUUCAUUGUUCUGUUGAUGAUUGCCCAGACCCUUCUCAAAACUUAUAAUAGCUUUGCUGAUGAAUAGACAGUUAAGUUCUAAAUUUAGAUCAUACCGUGUGGGGGUGCUGUGUGUGGAUUUUCGGGGAGGGGGGUUCUUAUGGCUUCCAGACCAUACCCUGCCAUAGCCCAUGACUGGCCUGUCCAAGGACCAGGUUGGGCUUAUGAGAUGAUACCGUGUGAUCUUCCCUCUAUGUGUGUGGGUGUUUGUGCUUCAUUCUAUUGUUGAUGCAGAACAUUUGUGAAAAUUAGUGCAAGCGAUGUAAUUUACUCUUAAUAUUAACACUCUAGUUGAAAGUAACGGUUGGCUCUUUUUUUUUUUUUACUACUCGAAAGCUGUUCAUCCAAUUACCCUUCUUUUGCUUUAUCAUUAUUUUUUGGUAAAAAAAUCGUGAAUAAAAUCACUGAGGCCAUUCCAUAGAUGGAUGGUGAACACAGCCAGUGAUUUUCGUAGUGUCUUACCAUUUUUCACGUGCAUGAGUUGCCUACAUGAUGGCAGUGAGCCCUCUCUGGGGUUUCUUUUCUCAUACUAGGGAUGACUUUGCUUGAAUGACCCUACAGCAAAGUGUGAACUCGUCUCGCAUGAUUUGAACCAGUUUAUAACGCAUUCGUAUCUAUCCUACCCAGUUCAUGGCGAAGCGUAUGUCCUCUCUUGAGCUGCCCUCUCCGAUCUAUGAUGGCUGAAAGAAAUCUAAUAUUGCCUUGUUCUUCUUCCCACCCCUGAAAUUCCCUGUACAUUUGGAUCUGAAUCUAAUUCCAUAGCACUCACCCCAGAGCCGCCCAGAGUUCCUUGCAUUGUUCUCACCGAAGGAUAUCAGAUUUCUGUCUAGCCCUACCGGAAAUCGAAGCUCUUAACGAAUGAAUUGCGGCAAGUUUUGAUUCGCCCCGUCCCUGUGUGAUCAGAUUUUCGAGAAGAAGCCGACGACGAUCAAGAACUUUGGGAUCUGGCUGAGGUACCAGAGCAGGACUGGGUACCACAACAUGUACAAGGAGUACAGGGACACCACGCUGAACGGAGCGGUGGAGCAGAUGUACAACGAGAUGGCCUCCCGCCACCGGGUGAGGCAUCCCUGCAUCCAGAUCAUCAAGACCGCCACCAUCCCCUCCAAGCUCUGCAAGCGGGAGAACACCAAGCAGUUCCACGACUCCAAGAUCAAGUUCCCCCUCGUCUGCAGGAAGGUGAGACCCCCCACUCGCAGGCUGAAGACAACCUUCAAGGCCUCCCGCCCCAACAUCUUCAUGUAG